AUGGUGGGAAUGCACGUGACAGGGGCCGCAGAACCGGGCGGGCAAUGGGGGCAUGUGCCGCCGCCCCCCGAGGGUAUAAAGUGUCGUGCGCUGUUAGAUACCGGUUCAGGGAAUUCGUACGCUUCAGCUGCCUUGUUGGAUUUGCUGCCGAAACGAACUCGUAAAAAGGAAGUGAGACGUGUUGAGAUGAUGCUUGGCUCAGUAACGAAGGAUGAACCCGUGAUAAGAGAAAGCGCUGAGUCAACAAAGGUGAGAAUCGUCUACGACGCCUCAACCAAAGCCAACAGCGGAGCCCCUAGUCUAAACCAAUGUUUAAUCCAGGCCCCCACUGCAGAAUGA